UAAACACCCCCGUAUCACUCCCAUAUUUCCACAUCACAUACCCGCCGAGCACCGCGCAUCAUGGAACGAAUGCGGCGCAUCUUCGAGAGAGAGAACUCGCGGGCCGCCUACGAGCCUCUCCAAGGCCGGUCAGAGCAUGCAGACGGAGAGGAUGCCAACCAUGGCGACAGCCCGCCCUUCUCAUGGACCGAGUACUCCGUCUUCGCGCUGCUGGGAGUAGCCAUGCUAUGGGCCUGGUAGAUACGAUACCUCACCCUCGCAUGCGAACCGCUCUAACAAGAUACCAGGAACAUGUUCCUCGCCGCCGCGCCCUACUUCCAGCGGCGCUUCGACUCGGACCCCGCGCUGCUGCGCAACUUCCAGUCGGCCAUCCUCUCCGUCUCGACCGUCGGCGGCCUGGGCUCCAUGAUCGUCCUGACCAAGCUGCAAGCACGCGCAAACUACCCCAAGCGCAUCACCAUGGCGCUGGGCAUCAACGCCGUCGUCUUCACCCUGCUCGCCCUGUCGACGAAGCUCUUCCUCGACGUAUCAACGCGCGUCUACUUCGCCUUCCUCAUGGUGAUGGUACUCAGCGCCAGUCUCGCCAGCGGCAUGUGCCAGAACGGCGUCUUCGCCUACGUAUCCAGUUUCAGGCGCGACGAGUACACGCAGGGCAUCAUGGCGGGCCAGGGCGUCGCCGGCGUGCUCCCCUGCAUCGCACAGAUCGUCUCCGUGCUAUCCGUCCCCAAGAACAAGCACGCCCAGGGCUCGCCUCAAGUCCCCAACACAUCAGCAUUCGCCUACUUCCUCACCGCAACCCUCGUCUCCACAGCCACGCUCGCCGCAUUCUCCUACCUCCUCUCCACAAAGCGCGUCACGCACACCCUGCACCACACCACAGAUGACGACGCGGAAUCCGCCUCACCCCACGAGCGCAAACCCAUCCCCCUCACCACCCUGCUACGCAAACUAAUCUACCUCGCCUCCGCCGUAGCCCUAACCUUCACAAUAACAAUGUUCUUCCCCGUCUUCACCCAGCAAAUCCUCAGCACCCACAACCCCGCCACCUCCCCCCGCCUCUUCCAACCCGCCACCUUCAUCCCCCUGGCCUUCCUCUUCUGGAACGCAGGCGACCUGCUCGGCCGCACGCUUCCCGCUGUCCCCGCCCUGCGCCUCACUGCUUACCCGCGCUUACUCCUCCUCCUCGCCGUGCUGCGCAUUGGGUUCAUUCCGCUGUACUGGCUGUGUAAUAUCGGCGGGAGGGGGGCGGCGGUUGAGAGCGAUUUCUUCUACCUUGUCGUUGUGCAGUUGUUGUUUGGCGUGUCGAAUGGGUUUUUGGGGAGUAGCUGUAUGAUGGGGUUUGGGGAGUGGGUGGAGGAUGAUGAGCGGGCGGCGGCGGGGGGGCUGAUGUCGUUGUGUUUGAUUAGUGGGUUGACGGUGGGGAGUUUUUUGACGUUUUUCGCUACGUAGAUGGGCUAUGCUUUUUUUUCGGAUUUUCACGAUUUUGUUGUAUAUGGGGGG